AUGGGCACCCAGCAAAAUCCUGAAUUUCUUCAAGUCAAAAAAACUCGUGAACAAAUAAAACAGCGUGUAUUAAAUGAGUUUACACCGAUCGGGAAAAUUUAUGAUGAAGAGAUGACGAAAACUGAUAUGAAUUCAGUGGCGAUAGCCAUAUUUCCAACGGUGCAUGAAAUGUAUCAGGGCGCUGCUAAAAAUCGACGUAAAAUGAUACCACCAUUACCAGAAUCAUGCCUGUUUGAUAUUCCUAAUGAAUUUAAAUUAACAAUUGAAAAAAAAAGAUUUUUGUUAAUCGAUGAAGCUCGUGUAAGACGUAAACGUCUAUUACUUUUUGCAAGCGAUGCGCAACUUGAUUUAUUAUUCAAUGCAUCAACCAUCUACAUGGAUGGUACAUUUAAAAAAACUCCGCCACAAUUCAGUCAAAUAUAUAUAAUACAUAUAGUACAUUUUGAUAUCUGUGUGCCAUGUGUGUUUGGUUUAUUGGUGAAUAAAAAAGCUGCAACCUACAAACAAAUUUUUUCUGAAUUGAAAAAUGCUGCUUUAAGAAAGCAAACUGUUUUUUCACCCUCAGUUAUUAUGACCGACUUCGAAUCUGGUUCAAUUUCUGCAUUUCCAACAGCUCAACAUCUUGGCUGUUAUUUCCAUUUUUCUCAAGCGAUCUAUAGGCACAUUCAGUUUCUGGGGUUGCAACGGCAGUACACGAUUGAUGAAACAUUGAGAGUUUUAUGUAGAAAGUUGAUGGCUUUGCCAUUGAUGCCACGUGAUAAAAUUUUAUCUGGUUUAGACGAAAUACGAGAAGCUGCUGAUCUUUUACCUGGUUUACCAAUGAUUCGAUUAUUGGAAUAUUUUGACAAGAACUGGAUGUUGGAUAUUGAUUUGUGGAAUGUAUAUGGCUUUGAUAGUCGGACAAACAACAUUUGUGAAGGCUAUCACAAUAGAAUGAAUUGUCGUAUUUAUCGAAAUCAUCCAAAUAUAUGGCAUUUCAUCGACUUUAUGAAAACAGAGGAAAAACGUGUACAGAAUACUGUACUUCAAUGGUCUUCCGGUGCGUUGAAGAAGAAAACCAAAAGAACAACAGCAUUACAAAAUCGAAUAAACACGCUUUAUAGUCGCUAUAAUAACUAG